CUCCCAAAGCAAUGUCUGGGGUUGGAGAAUGGAGGGAAGGCAGCAGGUACAGGACGGCUGCUGCCUCCAGUACCCGGUUUGCCUCUCAGGGUUACCUGUGGGAUAGCAACAACGAAACAAAAGAGGCUGAAAACCCCCAGAAUCUGACAACAUCUGAAGAGGAGCAAAGCAGCCAAGCGUCGGUCUACCGACAACAGCAAGAGCAGUAUGUCAGCCCGUAUGUCUUGAUAACUCCAAAUGAAACCAGAAGAAACCAGUUGCAGCAAAUUGCUAAUAAAGAGCUAGACGACCUGAAGCGGUGGAAGGAAGAGCACAGGCCAGGGCCAAUUAAGAUGGUUCCACAGAGACUGGGUGGAAAGGAAUCAGAGGCUCAAGCAAGGCAAAACCAGCAAAUGAUGCUCAUGCAAUCUAAAUACCAGCAAAAGUACAAGAGAGAAAAAUAUGUAAAAGCAAAAAAGGCAGCUGAAGAAGCUGAAAUCCUGAAAAAGAAAGCAAUUCAGAGAGAAAAGGCAGAGAGACUUGAAUUUAAAAAAAGGCAACAAGAAAUGCAAAGAAGAGAGAUGUUCCUUGAAGAUCAAUAUUUCAAAACCAAUGAAUUAUUGAACAGAUUGGACUUGGGUUUGCCAAAGAGUGAUUCCUGUCAGAUUGCUAAUCGUGGCCCAGAAUCUACAGCAUGGAUGAGAAGCAAUACUUAUAAGCAAGCUCUUCGAGAGGAUGAAAACAGAAGAUUAGAGGAAAUGAAGCAAGAACAACGGAGGAAGGCUGAAUUAAUGGAAUUUAAAGAGAAGCAGGAAGAGGAAGCCAGAACAAGAGCACAUCAAAAUGAACAGAGGAGGGUAAAUAAUGCUUUCCUGGACCGACUCCAGAACAAAACGCAACCUAAUAGCAUCUACCAACCUGGAUAUUCCGGGAGUGUGGACUACCUCAGUAAUGGCGCCUGGGAGUCUUGGAAUAAAGGAGGACAAUGACAUCAACGUUUUAAUGCUUUCCAAAAGUCAGAUGGAUGACCAAGAUAUUUCUAAUGGAAAAGAAGGGUCCACAGUACAUGUCAGAUAAACCAUGCAGACAAGAAAAAGUAUCUGCAGCAUUUACAAGUACAUCUUAGGCAAAGUUAAAUGUUUCCUGAGCAGUUCUUUUCAGUGUGCAGACAUGCCAUGAUGUUUUUCCAUCACCCUUGCAGUAUGGAAACUUCAUAAUGGAUCACCUGAAGUCUUCUUUUGAACCAUGGAUGUUGCUAUGUUUGCGUUCCCCUCUGGGACUCUCUGCAGUUGCCCUUGGCUCUCUUUGCCUCAAAGAAUCACUCAAAUCUCUCAUACUACUAGCUAGCUGAUGUUAAUAGGAAAUGCCGGAGAUCUUGGCAAUGCUCAGCCUGUUUUUUAAGUAUCUGACACUGGGAAAAUUCCUUGGGAAGACUUUUGCAUACCUACACAAUGGCACUGUGUUGCAAGUGGUACUUGGCUGUGCUAUCGGACUGCUGCUUUGGAAAUUAAAUUCACAUCUUCCUCCAAGAACUCCCUCACCCAGCCUCCUGUAGUAGAUAUCAGGGCUGGGGCUAAAUGUCUGCAGAGUUGGAUAUACGUACAUGCAUGCACAUAUACUUUAAAGGAAAUGUCUUUGCUUUAAUCAGAUCCUUGUAUUGUACUCUAAUCAGACUAAGACUUGUAGGUGGUCUUUUUGAAGUAGUGAACCUGCAGCUUCUCCGCACUUGACGUACGAUACCCCUAGACCCCGCUGACAAAGGCUGAGUGGGAGGGGAAGUCACCAUGGUCACUGACAAGGUAAAAUUCAGUGUGAUCAUGUUGCUGUGUUUCUAUAUCCAAAGAAAAAGAAGAACUUUUUAUUAACCUGCUACUUUCACAUUCACGAACAGUGAUGGCAAGUCACCUUGAGUAACCUCUUCCAUUAAGCUUGUCUGCUUUCUUUUGGCUGUCUUCAAAGAUGAAACUUGAUCACAGUCUUCAAAGUGCUUCCCCUUAUCCAGCAUUUCAAUCUCUUGUUUGAAAUGCUCUCUACAAACUAUUUCAGACAUUAACUAUUCCAGCCCUUUUUAAUGGCGAAGUAUCUGAAUUUUUCCUCUCCUAUCUUUCUGAACAGAACAAACAAAUCUAUAUGAACAGUGGCCCAAGAAGUAUCUUUGAGAGCCAUGGUCUGCAAUGGAGAUGAUAAGAAGUUAUAUGCAUCCACGAAUUGAUGUUAGCAGGAUGUCUGGAAAAUGCUGUUCUUAUCCUGUUGGAAAGCUUCCAGUAUCUCAGAAUUACCACCUCCCCCCACACACAUCCUGACCAAACUUUAAGCUUGAAAGCAAAGGGGUGUUAUGAUAUCUCUUUAAGGGGGUUAUAAUGAAAUGAACUGGCGAUAGACUGGGAAAAUGGCUUCAUGUCUGUCGAGAGUUAGGAACUGGUAGUUGGGUGUGUUUGCUAUCUAUCUGUUAGAGUAAACCUAUGAUAAAGGUUUUCAAAUACAAAUAAGUUCCUCUAGUUAUAACUUACACUGACUGAAUUAAUUAUCUGUUAUGCAGUGGCAUAAAACCAGAUUUUAUUACUAUAUAACAGUAAAUGGAGCUUUGUGGUUUUUGUUUUGAAAAUUGUUGU